GUAUUCACGUCAAUUCGUGUGUUGGCGUCCUGUCGUGGUGUUGCUAGAUUUAUUACAAUCGGUUUUUUCCGUAAAUAAACGAAAAAUAGAACAAAAUGCCGUACGCUAAUCAACCGUCGGUCCACAUUUCGGAUUUAACCGAGGAAAAUGUUAAGUUUCAAGUGGAGGAUACCGAAUUAAGCGUGGCGAACAGCAUGAGACGCGUUUUUAUCGCCGAAACGCCGACCAUGGCCAUCGAUUGGAUACAACUGGAAGCCAACUCUACCGUACUGAGCGACGAAUUCUUGGCGCACAGGAUUGGAAUGAUACCAUUGAUCAGCGACGAUGUGGUCGACAGGAUACAGUAUACAAGAGAUUGCCAGUGCAUGGAUUUCUGUCCAGAGUGCAGCGUGGAGUUCACCCUGGACGUCAAGUGCACCGAAGAUCAAACCAGGCAUGUAACCACCGCGGAUUUCAAGUCGAGCGACCCACGAGUGCUACCAGUGACGUCCAGGCACAGGGAAGACGACGCGAGCGAGUAUGGAGAGACGGAUGAGAUCCUGAUAGUGAAGCUGAGAAAAGGGCAGGAGCUGAAACUCAGGGCGUACGCGAAGAAAGGUUUCGGAAAGGAGCACGCCAAGUGGAAUCCGACCGCCGGUGUAAGCUUCGAGUAUGACCCCGACAAUUCUAUGAGGCACACUUUGUACCCCAAGCCAGACGAGUGGCCCAAGUCGGAGUACACCGAAUUAGAGGAGGAUCAAUACGAGGCGCCGUUUAACUGGGAAGCCAAGCCGAACAAGUAUUACUUCAACGUGGAGAGCAGCGGCGCCCUGAAACCCGAGAACAUAGUCAUGAUGGGCAUCGCGGCGCUGAAGAACAAAUUGUCGAAUCUACAGACGCAAUUGAGCCACGAAGUGCAAAGCGAUGCACUUAGCAUUCAUCAUUAGAGAUAAAUCUUAGCUCGAUCGUAUUUAAAAUUGAAUAUCUACGUAAAAAAGAAAAUAUUUUAUCUUACAUCUUAUAAAAUAAAAUUAAAAUCCCCAAUAUGUGUUA